AUGCCGAAAUGGACAGUACCGUUAAAUAUCUCCACCGCCAGUUUCGAACUUGACAUUGGAGUUCUCGACCAUGUAAACGAGGAAUCCGAUGCCCCAGAUGUAAUUCUUGACGUGGAAUCGUUUGAUGCCAUUAUAGAUUCAAAUAAUAUUGGACAUGCCAUUGGCCUUGAAGAAGCUUUACCAGAAGGGUUUCUUGAGAGGGUGAAAGGAAGAGGGAUAGUGGUGAAUGGAUGGGCACCACAAGCUAAAAUUCUUGGGCAUCGAAACAUGGGUGGUUUUGUGAGUCAUUGUGGAUGGUGUUCUGUGAUCGAAACCAUACAUUUUGGGGUUCCGUUGUUGGCCUUGCCAAUGCAUCUUGAUCAGCCUCUUCAUGCAAGACAUGCAGUAGAGAUUGGUAUUGGUAUUGAGAUUCCCAAGGAUGAAGAUGGACGGAUAAAGAGGCAAGAGAUUGCUAGAGUCAUAAACGAGGUGGUUGUCAAGAAGAAAGAGGGACAACUACAGAGACAAAAAGCUAUAGAAUUGAGUAAAAAGUUAAGAGAAGAAGGCGAAGAAGAGUUACAUGAAGCAAUGGAGAAGCUCAGGACAUUGUGCAGCAAAAACAAGUAA